UAUCGGCAUAGUCAAAUGAUGACCUUGCUUUACUUUUACUUCCUGUUAGUUCUUUUUCUUUUUUUCCAGGAUAAAGAGAAGAAGAAGAAAGAAAGUAUCUUGGAUCUCUCAAAGUACAUAGACAAAACAAUUCGAGUAAAGUUUCAAGGUGGUAGGGAAGCUAGUGGAGUCUUGAAAGGAUUUGACCCUCUUCUAAAUCUUGUACUUGAUGGUACUAUUGAAUAUAUGAGAGAUCCAGAUGACCAGUAUAAACUUACAGAGGACACCCGCCAGCUGGGACUUGUGGUGUGCAGAGGAACAUCUGUAGUUCUUAUUUGUCCACAGGAUGGAAUGGAAGCUAUUCCAAACCCUUUCAUUCAGCAGCAAGAUGGCUAAUGCUUCUUGGUAUUCUCACUGAAGCCUCCAGGCUGCAAGUCACUGGUGCAACAACCAAUAAUAUAUGCAAAAUCUCCUUCCUUGGGAAGAAUUAAAAAUUUAUUUUCAUUUUAUAGAUGGCAGAGUGACUUUGACCCUUUAGUUUUACAAGUUGUCACAGGUAACAGCAGAAAUACAGCGAGUCAUCUACAAAACAAGUUUGAAUUUGGUUCAAUAAAGAUUUUUAAUUACUGCUCUCCAAUCAAUGUUGAAAGUAAAGUAUUAACAAACUGUACAUGGAUGCUCCCCAUAUUGUGGAUUUAAAGUGACUACGUUAAGACUUCACAGUGGUAGCAGCCAGCAGAAGUACACAGAAGACUGAGUAUGAAACUUUGAAACAAUAAACAUGAUGAUUUUUUAUUAUUGCACUGCUCUUCUAGAUUUCAGUACUUGCAGGCAGGGAUCAUCUUAGGCUCUGUUAAUGGUUCUUGUGUGUCUGCCCACUGAUAAUUUAGUGUACAGGGAUAUAUGUUCCUAUAACUAUUACCACCAUUUACAAAUGCUACAGGUAAAAAAGGAAUCUGCUUCUCUCCCUCUUCCCCACCCAGUCUGCCAGUGGUAGGUCUGUAAAUUCUGUUUCUCCCAGAAACUUGGAGUUCAUCUUAAAAACUCCAUUAUGUUUAGGUCACUUAGUCAUGAUUUCAAAACUUUCUGAAGUAUCUGUUUUCUCUUAUGUGACAGAGAGAAUUUCAAGGAAAAGAACACUUUUGUAAAUGUUCAACUCCAGGAACUCUGUCUUGGGCUACUUAUGUAUCUUGUAAGCUAACCUAUUAGCAAUUGUGUAUGAUUUUAAUUUUACUUGAUUUGUAAGUAUACUUUUUUUUAAUAUGUCAUGCUUCUCAAGAGGAGAGCUAUGAAUCAAUACAAGUUAUUAAAAGGUUAGUUUCCUUU